AUGCCAGCUACAUCCUCCAAGAGAGCAACACCGGCGCGGAACAAGGCAAAGCUUGCCCACGACUCGACGAGUGCUGACAAAGAGGCAAGCAAUGGACCCGUAUCAGAGGCUCAGACUCAAGUGCAAUACGUCGAAGCGUCCGCAUCCGCUUCAUCACCGUCGCGAAACAGACCAAGACGAUCAACGCAAAAAGUGACCGUCGACUAUGCAAUCGAGCCAUCUCCAGAAGAGUCUCCUGAGCCAAGCACUUCAACUCCAACCCCGCCACGAUCCGCUGCCGCCGCUCUCGCAACGCCGCCUGCCAGCACUCCGCAAGUGACAUUCGCAACACCACCUCCAAAAAACAGUGCAAAAGGCAAAGGCAAAGCAAGAGCCAAGUCAGAAGACGAAGACUACAACGAUGAUGCGGCCGAUGAAACAUCCUCUCGCAGAGAUCCCGACCUCGAGAUAUUCACCCUGGAAGGUCCGAUAGAUGAUGUUAAUAGGGUGCAGCUCAAGACUAGCAAAGCGAAGGCGAUGCGCCCGUUUUGGCUACAGGGUGCUGUCCAGCCAACUUUCUUUGGUGUGCCCACUUCGGACGUGUUGCAAAAUGUAGCUGACCAAGAAAGGGACGCGAAAUCAGAAGCGGCUCGAGGAAAGCACUCACUGGAAGAGGCACUUCCUUGGCCGCAAGACGGACUUGCGGAGACUUGCUUGGAUUCCAAGGCGUAUCCUUUGAUCAAGAAGAGCUUGCAAAAGUUCUGGCUCGGGUAUGUUGGGUGGAUUCCAAAUGAAGGUGUGUACGAUAUGGCUUGGUAUCCGGGCAAAGCAACGGGGUACAGAGAGAGUCAGGAAAGGUCAGCUUGGGUGAAGACUACAAGACAGCAACUGAUGUCGGGCGAGAACCACUCCAGCCUCCAGAGAGGGCUGAUCGAAUCUCCAUGCGCAGUCGACUCAAGAGGCACACUCUUACCGACACGCCCAAAAAAACCUAAGAAACCAUCUCGAUCCAAGACUGAUGGGAGAAACGGAGAAGCUGACGAUGCAGGCGAAGGGUCCGACGAAGAAUUUGCCAACGAAGACGAAAAUGCCAUUGCUGCGCUCGAUGCGAAUCAAGAGCCUAUCAACCUCGACGAUCCCAAGUUUGCCAAUAUCCCCAACCUUGGCAUCGAAGAGAAAGGUCCACAGACUGGCGACGUGCUGCACAUCUCAGUCGGGCCACCGGGACAAGAGAGACCAGUGCAAAUCCCACGGGGCAUGUCAGAACGGCUUGACAGGAUGAGCGUAGUGCCGGAUCAAGGUCAUAUAAUGAAUGCCGGAGGCCAUGUCUACGAUCUAGGUUGGGUUCCUGUGCCGGUGCAUUUGAAUACGGGCAAAGAGUACUUUGUGGUGUCUGCAGCCGCGUCGAAGGCGCCAAUGACGCUUGUUGGGCAGAAGCGACAACGUCCUGCGCCUGCAAGCUUGCAGGUUUGGAGCGUCUCUCCAGACUCGCCUGCAGCUUCUGACGGCGGGAAAGGGAGCAAAGGAGAAGCCAAACUGGAGAUGGUAGUGUGUCAUGAAAUCCUAUCCAUUUUUUCCAUCCCCAAUCCUGACUCCACACGCGCUGCUCAAACCAAGUCAAAAGCCAAGGCCUCCGCAGAUACACCUCUCUACAUCCGCCUCGACCCCAUCCUCUCACUCGAACACCUGUACCAAUCAGCCACCUCUCUCUCCUGGGCUGGAGGAGAACUCUUCGCCUUCGGUGGAUCCCAAGGUUGGAUUGGAGUCUGGAACAUUGGUCGUAUACUACGCAAUCCCUCCCGCUCCAUCCCUCCACCGCCACCAGACUACGUCAUCCGAGCCCACCGCUCCGCUAUCACCGACUUGACCUUCAUCCUCGCCCCACUCAUCUCCUCCGGCCACCUCCUCCACACUUGCCUCCCCCAAACCCUCUUCUCCGUAUCCCUCGAUGGCUGGACAGCAUACAUCUCCCUCCCCCGCUGCAGCGCUACCUCGAUCGAACGGUCUCGUGCAGUCCAUUACGCAUGCACCUUCUCACCUUUCACCGGUGGCAGCCUCGUUCACGAAAUGGCAGACGGCUCCAUCGCUCACUACUCCCUUCGCCCGGAGGAGAUGCUUCCAGCAGGCACAGCUCACGGUGAGGUGAAACUCGCCAACAUCUUCCGUACUCUGCGAAGGAGUCAGCGUAACCAUGUACCCAUCUACCAACAGGUACUGGACAGGACAACGGGGGAAUUGACGGUGAAGCAUCACUUGCUGGCGGAAGUGGCGAACAACGCCGAACCGAAAAAGUGGGCUAUUGCGCAAUGGCACCCCUCCCUAGCAGUGACUGGGUAG